GUUCCCCAUCUCUAACCAGCAGACACGAUCUCGGGCACGUCCCUCUGACACAUUCUGGUUGACACAUAACGAAUGGUUUUAAGCAAGAAAACCUGCAGUUUCUGAGCAGGAUCUCUUCCGAGAGAUGCAAACACGGAUGUGGUCAAAGCUGGGGAACUUGCCAACAGUCUUGUACCACUCUCCUUUAUAAAUCAACUGACGAGGGAGGGUGGAGUAGCCUAAAUGAAGAAUAUUCCGAACAGCAAACACAUCUGGGUUUGAUAACAGUUACUAUUGGCACUAAUUGAGCAAAGCAUUUGUACAGAGUUCAGUCAGUGUUUACUGAUCCAGGAGCAAAGAUGGAGAAGAUGGAUGAUGAAAAGCCUAAAAAGAAGGGGGUCACUGGCUAUCUCCUAUUCUGUGUGUCUACGGCAGUCAUUGGUUCCCUGCAGUUUGGCUACAACACUGGGGUCAUCAAUGCCCCUGAACAGAAACUGCGUAACUUCUUCUUGAACGUGACGACGGAGCGUUUCGAAACGCCCUUCUCCCCGGGCUCCAUCACCUUGAUCUGGAGCUUCGCGGUGGCCAUCUUCAGCGUGGGAGGUAUGGCCGGGUCCUUGUCAGUGGGAGCCAUGGUGGACAAGUUUGGCAGGCGUAAGUCCAUGCUGCUGGCCAACAGCUUGGCCAUUCUGGGGGCUGUUCUGAUGGGGCUGUCCAGCUUGUGUCGCUCAUUUGAGAUGGUCAUCCUCGGGCGCCUGGUGAUCGGCCUGUUCUGUGGGCUGUGCACCGGCCUCACGCCCAUGUACAUCGGCGAGAUCUCGCCCACCAACCUCAGAGGCGCCUUCGGCACCCUCCACCAGCUGGGCGUGGUGAUUGGCAUCUUGGUGGCGCAGAUCUUCGGUCUGGAGUCUCUCCUGGGCUCCGACCUGCUGUGGCCCUUGCUGCUGGCCCUGACUGCCCUUCCCGCCGUGCUACAGACCAUCCUGCUGCACUUCUGCCCCGAGAGCCCCCGCUACCUCCUCAUCAGCCUCAACCAGGAAGAGGAAGCGCGCAAAGCGCUGGUGCGUCUGCGCGGCACCGAGGACAUCAACGAGGACAUCCAGGAGAUGAAGGAGGAAGGGAUGAAGAUGGCCAUGGAGAAGAAGGUGACCAUCCCAGAACUUUUCCGUUCCCCGGCCUAUCGUCAGCCAAUCAUCAUUGCCAUCAUGCUCCAGCUCUCCCAACAGCUCUCCGGUAUCAACGCGGUGUUUUAUUACUCCACUGGUUUAUUCGCGACUGCUGGGGUGACACAGCCCAUCUUUGCUACGAUUGGAGCAGGAGUGAUCAACACGCUUUUCACCGUGGUGUCUCUGUUCCUGGUUGAGAGGGCGGGACGUAGGACCUUGCACCUGAUUGGAUUGGCUGGAAUGGCUGUGUUUGCUAUACUCAUGACCAUCUCUCUUUCACUGGUGACGGACAAUCCGUCCCUCAGCUACCUGGCCAUUGUUGCCGUGUUUGGCUUUGUGGCCAGUUUUGAGAUGGGUCCAGGUCCGAUCCCCUGGUUCAUCGUGGCCGAGCUGUUCUCCCAGGGCCCCCGGCCUGCCGCCAUGGCCGUCUCUGGCUGCUCCAACUGGACCGCCAACUUCCUGGUCGGCCUCUCUUUCCCCAAACUAGAGGAGUUGUGUGGCGCCUACGUCUUCAUCAUCUUCACCGUGUUCCUCAUCGUCUUCUUCAUCUUCACCUACUUCCGCGUGCCCGAGACCAAAGGACGGACCUUCGAUGACAUCGCCAGAGGAUUCGCCGCAACCGCCGCGAGCUCCGCCAAAUCCCCGGCCACAGAGGGCGUGGUUACUUCCCCGACGACGGAGAAGGUUCCGAUGGUUGAGUUUCCAAUAGAUGAGAAAGCAAAGACCGGAGCUUCGCAGGUCCCUUAGUAGACAGCUAGUUGAUGGUCCAACAACUGCCACGUAUACAUAUACUGAAUGGAGUUAAAGUUUAAAAGUUUGUCCAUUGACUCUCAAUUGGACAUUUGAAAGCAGGGAGAGGUAUUAGUCCCUUUCACUAAAGGGGGUUACAUAUAAAAAACAGCAGCUUGUGUGUUGAGGUGUGUUGAAGUGUGUAGAGGUGUGUUGAGUGGGCAAUAGGGUCAAAGCCAGUAACACAGAUGCUAUUUAGAAGAUAUUAUAACACAGUACGUACAAUAGGUUUUCAGUAUCAAGCCACAGUACCAGAGUCUUGAACUUUAUUACAUUUGGGUUAAAAGGGGAACAGGAUUUUGGAUUAAAUGUAUUGGGGUCAGGGUAGAAAAGUCAUUUUGGGAGCUUGACAGCUUGAUCCAGAAAAGUUUCGCCGUUUAUCUAGAAUCCUCUGGCCCUGACAUGGGCGAGGUGACCUAAACAGACAGUCUUUCCUCAUAUAAAACUCUGCUCCACCCAGGGAACUAAAGCAAUGUCCACAUGGAACACAACUGAUAUUCUAUAUAAUGUAAUGUAAUUGUAUCCUUAUAUAAAAGUAUUACUUUUUAGUAUGAAGAUGGUGGCAAACACGUGCAAACAUGUUUCAGGAUUUGGAUGUAUCAGUAUUGUAUCAGAAUAUAGUGUUAGGUACCACGCCUAGAUGCCACACCUUACUGCAGCAUAUUCAGGUGGAGGUGUGCAAGUGGUCAGUACUGCGGGACUUAACCUAAAGGUCAUUCUGUGUGAUUACUGCGCAUAGAUCACUGGAAGAACUAACCUCACGUGUCUUAUCAAUUCCUAAACAUUCAAUCGAAACAUAGAUGGAGGCAUUGAGUUGUGUGAGAAAAGAAUGUGUAGGUGGUUGUGUGACCUGUGACGUUUUGGAUGUGUGAGCAAACAUGCAACGUGCACCUUGACGCAACUGACCAUCACAACCACUUUAGAGACGGACCGAAGGUACUUAACAGAUGUGUUCAGUUGAAAACUCAGUUGAUAUAUGGCAACUGUGGCAUGUACACCAAUAUGUAUUGGGACUGAGGUCAGACACACUGACACACUAGUACGAACUAGAGAAAGACUGAACAAAAUGCCAUGAAUGAUAACAAUUGAAUACAGACAGAAUGAUACAGAGAGACAUAAUUAUAAAUAUAUAUCAGUUAAUUUUUUCAUUUAAGCGAUACAAAUAAAGAGUGUUACAUGUUAAUAAAAUGACAGGAUUAUUUUAUUUCAAACACUAACUGAACACUAGUAUGUAACUUAUCGCU